GUCGGUCAACGGGGUUCACGUGAUGUUUCGGGGGAAGUGGCCAUCGAGGUCUGGGUGACGUUUAAUGGAAGCAUCCGUGCUUAUGCUCUAUGCACUCUGCACUCGGUGCAGCGGCAUCGUUCGGCGAGGAUCGCGCACUCGGUGUAAACAGGGCCGAGCAAUGCGCAUUACGAGCGACCUGUUCGCGAGUCGUUUAACGAUGUGUCACGGAAAAUCGUUGAUUCAUGCCGCCACCGUGAAUAUUCAUCGCGGCCCGCUACGGCUGUUUUUUCUUUCUCCCGCUUCGUCUAUCCGAGGUGACGACAGUUUACCCAAACGAGUCACAAUUUCAUUCUAAACCGGGUCACAAUUAUCUCAGACUGUCUCCGACUACCGAUACGUUAAAAAUGUACGUUAUUUAUUUCUCAUAUUGCGAAAUCCGUCCUCGUGAGGCUUAUCUAACGGACUAUCACCCGUUUCGAUCGACAUCACCUGACCGAUACGCAAUUCAAAACUGUGAGAAACUUCGAAAAUUGCAUUCACUUCGCGAAUGAAAAAUAGCCCCAUUUCGAUGAACAGAGAAAUUUUUAAUUUUUCGAAUGAAUAAUAAAUUAAUUCAUGAUAAAUGGAUUUCUUUAAAAAGAGCCAUCGAAUUUAUCCUAUUUUAUCCUAAGGAGAAAAAAUUCAACUUUCACCGGGAGUAGAAUGAAUUUCAUAAAAUUUCAUAAAAUUCAUUCUACUCAGGAUUAAAAAUAUCCACUCGCGUUCUCCGAACAGUAAUAUUCAAUUUUCCGGAGCAUCAAGAUUCAGAGCACGUUUCGUUCCGCUUCUUCAAGGACUCGUUUUAUGCGAUCUUGCAGCUUCGCCUGGCAAUCAGCUGAUAAGAGCUGCGCGCGCAAUUUUCCGAUGCAGCUGUCACCUUGACAGUGCUUCGACGGAACUAAAAUGGAAUUCCCGUCGUCACACCCAAAAAUAUGUCUAAUUUGUUUACCACUUUACAAAUUGAUUUUUAACCGACUUUUACUAUCAGCUUCAUGAAUGUUCCCGUCCACAAGGGCACAUGUUUUGAUGGCAACAUUUCUUAUUAACGCGUCAGCAGUGCACUUUUUGUCGAUUCGGUAAUAUAUUCGAUUGAUGGUGAAACAUGAAACGUUUCAGGUUUCUUUCAUUUAGUGAAACAUUUUUCUUAAUGAUUGCUGUAACGAUCCGCAUUGAUGGAGUAAUUAAAACAUGGUUCGAUACGAUGACUUAAUGGGGUAAGAAGGCAUCGUUUAAAAACGUUAGAUAAUCUAAAUAACCCGAGUAAAAUAUGUAGAAUAAAUCGAUAAGCAAAUGGCCUUCUUAAGAAGCAAUUAAUUCAUUCCAUACGUGCGUCAUAUUUAUAUGUAAGCAGCCAAAUGCGUCAAAUGUCUCGUUUGAAUUUUAAAAUAUAUUAAGGCAAUCGAAUAAAUGGCAUAAUAAACACAAAAAUGGCAAACAGACCGCGGAGCAGAAAAAUUUCCAACAUCGGCAAGCGCCAUCUAAUUAAUUCCCAGCUUCUGUUUUUUUUUUGCAUAUGGCUCAGAAUUUUUGUCACAUAUUUUUAUACAAUCUUCGCACGUCCGUGUACGAGGUGUGCAAUUUUAUUGACAACGUGUUCAUGACUUAUUCAAUUUAGUGCCUGGCAAACAGAACUCCUUUUUCGUGAGGGUUGUAUUGAUUAAAGAAAAAAGAAAAAAAAAAAAAGAUGGCCGAGUGAACUUAAUAAUUUAAACAAGGCGUGCUACAGAAACCGAGAACUAAACGUCUUGUUCUUUUUAGAAGGUAACCGGUUGUCAACGCUGUAUGUGUCAACUCGACUACCUGCCAUUAGUGUGCGUGAAAUACUGAAUAAUCCUCACGCGAUAUAUGUCUACAGUCUCGGAAAAAAAUAUAAGACUUCCGCAAAACACAUAAACAAAGAAUUCCGAUCCAAGUUCCUAAAUACCGACUGUGUAAUGCGUGACUCAACCGCGUUACUUUUUCCGCAAGAAAUGUUCUCCACCGGUUCUUCCUCGAUUUUAAAACUAACAAAAAUUGCGUUCGCGCCAUUUUACCAGCAAAGUAGUAUAAAUAAUUCAAGGGUGUCGCGGCUUAGUAAAUAACCAAUUGACACGUUUUACGUUGGCCGCGGUGUUAUGCACGGCUAAUUGUUGGGAAUUAAAUUUAUCUUGCGCGCUUUUCAAAGUAGGUAAGUUUAAUAAAUGGGCGCCCCACUCGGCGGGCGGUGAUUAAUUUUGCGGCGACUGUACGAGUUGUCGGCGGAGUCCGCGAAGUCUCAGUCAUUUGUAUAUUCUUGCGAUGCGAGCAAACGUACACAAGCGCAAGGACGUUGUGCCGGGUGUGAAGAGGUAUAGGCAAGAUGUGACUCAGCGUUUGCGAGUGAUUGCUCGUACGUCGUUUUGGAUCUCAAGAGAGAGUACCGAUAGUUCCGCGGGUCGCCGUUAAUCCGAGGAGGACGCCACUGUACGGGGAGCGCCUGGAGCUCGUUAUAAAAUUAACAUCUAAAAACGUGAUGGAUAAUAAGGACAAUUUUUUUACUUGCUGUUUAGAGACUGAACAAAGGAAGGGGAGAUAAGAGACAUUCUAAAUCCCACUAUAAACUCAUUUUGGACUGUUACACGUGCAAAUCGUAUGUUCACGUGACAAAGGAUAAGGGACUAUUGUGACCAUUGGUUAUUGACCUGGAGAUGCAAGCUUGGUUUUUGUUUGGAAUUUAUGGCCGAGGCAAGGACCCUUGAAAACUGGCAUUUUCGAGGGUUGGAGGUAUAAAAUGGAGGAUUGGGAUGACAAUAUUGGCGAUUCAGCUCCGGUACGCACUUCCUCGUUUUCAGAGGGGCGAAGCUUUGGUGGCCGAGGCAGAGGAUUUACCCCGAAUAAUAAUAAUGAAUGGGGCGUAGGAAAACAUAGCAAUUCGAAUAAUAAUAAUAGCAGUGGAUUUGGUACAUACGAGGAAUCAAAUAAUGGAGGAGAUGAUUGGGAAUCCGAUCACAGAGGAAGCCAAGGAGGACGAGGGGAAGGAAGAGGCUUCGGCAGAGGUAGAGGUGGCAGAGACGAUGAUCGAGAUGGUGGUCGCUUUCGAAAUGAUCGUGAUGAUCAAGAUGAUCGAGAUGGAAAUGAUUAUGACAGAGGUGGCAGAGGAGGAAGAGGCGGAAGAGGUAGCAGGGGUGGUGACCGAGGUGAUCGAGGAGGCAGAGGUGGUUUUCGAGGUGACCGAGGCGACAGAAACGACGACCAUGGAGACGACUCCGAAGAUAAGCCUGAACACAUCAACAAAGAAGUUUACAUCCCACCGGAGCCUUCCAAUGAAGACUCCGUCAUUUUUGGAAACGGCGUCAACAUGGGAAUCAACUUUGACAAAUACGAUUCGAUCGAGGUCAAUGUUUCCGGGGAAAAUCCUCCUAGGCCCAUCGAAUCCUUCACAGAGGCUGGCCUCAAGCAAGCUGUUCUAGAGAACGUCGUCAAGUCUGGAUACAAGAAACCGACUCCUGUGCAAAAGUACGCGUUGCCGAUAAUUAUGGAUCGCCGGGAUUUAAUGGCCUGUGCUCAGACAGGAUCUGGGAAAACUGCUGCAUUCCUCGUUCCGAUGAUCAACACUCUUCUGGAAGAGAAAUGCGCGGCUUCGUAUUCGGCAUGUGCGGAACCUGAAGUCGUUAUAGUAUCCCCAACUCGAGAGCUAACGAUCCAGAUCUACGAACAGGCCAGGAAAUUCUCUCGUGGUUUCAUUCUGAAGUGUGUCGUGACUUAUGGUGGAACUGCAACCGGUUACCAAGCGAAGCAAGUGCAAGCAGGGUGUAACAUUCUCGUUGCCACUCCAGGAAGAUUAACGGACUUUGUUAAUAGAGGCAUUAUAAGCUUCAACAAAGUUCGCUUCCUAGUACUGGACGAGGCCGAUCGAAUGCUCGACAUGGGAUUCCGACAGGACAUCGAGAAGCUGAUCGACCACGAGACAAUGGUGCCCAAGGGACAGAGGCAAACCCUGAUGUUCUCUGCCACGUUUCCUGCAGAUGUGCAACAAUUGGCUUCCAACUUCUUGCAUAAUCAUUUGUUCCUGGCCGUAGGAAUCGUAGGGGGAGCUUGCUCCGACGUGGAGCAGACCUUCUAUGAAGUCACCAAGUACCAGAAGCGGUCGAAGCUUAAGGAACUUCUCGACAAGGAGAGCGAAAGUGGCCUCAAGAGAACUCUGGUCUUCGUGGAGACGAAGAGGAAUACCGACUUCAUCGCCUCUUUCCUCUGCGGAUCAAACUUCCCUGCAACGAGCAUUCAUGGAGACCGAUUGCAGCGAGAACGCGAAGAAGCUCUUGCCGAUUUCAAACGUGGCAGGAUGUCUAUCCUAGUUGCCACUGCUGUUGCUGCUCGUGGUCUAGACAUUCCUGACGUGGCACAUGUCAUCAACUACGACAUGCCCAAGGAGAUCGAUGAAUACGUGCAUCGUAUUGGUCGAACUGGAAGAGUAGGAAACAGGGGCAAAGCCACGAGUUUCUAUAGCCCCGAUGAUGACGGUGCAAUCUCUGACGACCUGGUCAAAAUCCUUCGUCAAGCUGGUCAGCCUGUUCCUGAGUUCCUCAGCGGAGGAGGAGGAGGCAGAAGCUUUGCUCCUGGAAGAUCUAACAAAUUCGGAGGCCGAGACAUUAGAAGCUUCAACAAUGACGACGACAAGGGAGAAGCAUAUCCAGAAAGUGCAUACAAUGCCCCAGAAGCUGAGGAGGAGUGGUAGAGCCAUCGAACAAUGGACUUCUGCCGAAUUAUUGGAUAGGGAACCACGAAGGAAGACGCCAAAUAGGCUGCGAAGAUACGUGCGCUCCACCGUGCAGAAGCAUUUUUCUUUUUUAUGUACACGAACACGCAACACACAUACUGUACCGACGUUAUUUUUGUUUUUUUUAAUUACGUGAGAGGUACACAUACACACACGGAAAGUAGAAGACUUGGUCUGGCUGGUCAGAAUCAAGUCAAAGUUUUCUUGUCGGAGUAGAUCCGGUGCCCAGGCACUGUUCUCAGUAUUAAUCGUAACCAAAUGGAAAUAUUUUCAGUAAGUUAUGUUAAACGAGAAGUCAUGUGAGCGGAUACUACAUUUGUACUAAGGAAACGCGUCUAGUCAGGACACGUUAUCGGCUUUUUCAGGGUUUGGAAAACAAGUCUCGCAUUUUUUUUACACCCUCGAGAUCGGAGGGAGUCCCAAUUGUUUGUUUUUCCAUUUUAAUUUUUUUUUUUCCACUUCGUUUUCCUUCUCUCGUCACGACAGUUCUCUAGUACAAAGACUACGGGUUUUCAAUACAUUGACGUGCCUCUACUUAAUUUGUUCAACCGGGGUUCUACAUUUAUAUGUAGAUCUCGGAUAAAGGCAGGCCCUAAGUUAAGAGAUUACCCUUUAAGAUAACAUCGUUUAGUGAUAGGAGUAAAUGUUACGUUUCUAAGCUUUUAUGCGUUCCUUUUUAUAAUAAAAUGUUGCACUGCGAA